AUGUUUAAAACUCGUGAUGGUCAUCGUUACAGUCAACUUGGUCCAAAGGAAAGGUACAAUAAAUUUUAGAGCAUUUGUAUAAGUCAAAUCCAGGCAGGUACGAUUAUUGAAUACCAUCUAGCAUUUUUACAAGGCAUCACGUUCAACUACUUGUUUGACAAAUAUACUGACAUUAAGGCAAAAAUAUGGAGUUUGUCACAUGAAUGAAAUUGAGGCUGCAAUCUCCAAUCGUGACCGGGUGUUUCCCAAAAUGCCCAAGCACUUUGGGGUAUUGCUACCAUAGCUUUUAUGUUACCAGUACUACAAACAAUAAUUAGGGACAUUAUUUGGGACACUGUUUAACACAAAAUAUUGACAUCAUACAUUUUCAUAAACUGAUGUGAUUGUGUUGUUUUAGAUUAUUAGUAAUCUUUAGAAAAUAUAAUAUUAAUUUUAAAUGCCUCACCCCCGGGCAAAGGUUUGCAUGCAAAUGACCCUCCGCUGGCACAUGCCGCAAAGGCAAAUACCCCGGGGUGGAGGAUGGACAUGCUUGGAUUUGACCGAUGCAUUGUGCAGCUGCUUGUUGAACAAAGUUGUUGUUUUCAAAUUAACUCAUUAACUUGCAAUGCAACCUACUUUAUUAUUUAGUCUGCAGAUGAUUUUACUCAUCAGUGGUAUAAGGUACUGCCAGUACUGGCAAUGCACUCAGAUGUGCCCUACUUUACUAUUUACUCUGUCCAACGCCAGACGAUUUUACCCACUGCCAGUAAAUGGGUUACGCGCAUUGCUGCAUGUUGUCCACCAGAUUUCUACAAUAGUUCUAUAAUUGAACCAAGAAAUAUUCUUUUUAUUAUAUUGUAGAUUUCUUCGAGUUGUUGCAUAUAGGCAGUUUACCCGCAUGAUUCACGGCAAAUUAAAGGACAGACGUAUACCACUGCCCGCUUGUGCAUAUACUGCAAUACAUUUGACACAUAACAACAAGAAUGGUGAUGAAUUUGAAGGUUAUGAUGACUUGGAAACAGACGAUGAAAACUUAUAA